UCACAAAUUUCGCCUCUGUGUUUUUUGUGUUGUGCCACAGUGUAGUUGUGCAUUGUUUUUCAAUUUAUUCCGCAAGAAAUUACUGUAUAAAUCAAUAGGAAAAGUGAGAAAAUCAUUAUAAAAGAGGUCUUGAAUAGUUUAUAAGUGUCUGGUGCAUAUACAAAAAAGACAUUAUAUCGUUUAUCUAUGUGAAAAUUUCUGUGGAAAAACACCUGGAAGAAAACACCUGCGCAGGGAGGGCAGAAAAAUGAGUGAGUGGAGGGAAAUAGAGGCACUAAAUGCCUGGUCUACAAAUUAUGUUCACAAAAGUUUUUACGUGAUAACACCCCAUAAAUUAGCUGUGGCACUAUUGCUGCAGGAAUACGUAAAAUUGCGACAAUUUCUCUCAAAGAGAGCCAUGGACUUUUUGCCAAAGUACCGGAAAAGCUUCAAUCUUCUCCUGCUGAAGCUAAUACAAUACCCAGACAUGUCUUACAAGGAACUCCAUGAUCAUCUCAUAUCAACCACCUAUCGUCUGCAUGAUGAUCACUUAGAAGCCUUCCAGAAAGUCAUUGCAAACAUUUUAGAGGGUGGAAUGGAGAUGCUUCAUGAUUUGCCGGCCAAUUUGGAGAAGAUCAUGAACGAUACGGCCACCCCGACCGGUGGAUCUACUCAGUUGGGUAUUGGUGGACUUUUGCUAAGGAGAUUUGUCAUCACGCUGGAUCGGAUGACUUUUCCUGAGCUGAUGAAAUUGUAUCAAAAUGUCUGUGCAUACUUCAGGAAGGACGUCCGAGCAAUUGCCCUGGGAUCGAAGGAAGCCGGAGUAAUGAUUGAUCUGGAGGAGCAGGAGGAAACUGUGGGACGUCCAAAAGGUGACAAGGAGUUCAGCAGGUGGUCCCGGAGGCAGACUGAACUAUUUGUAGCUCAACAGUGUGCACUGUUGCAAUCAAAUGAGACCAAAGCCCUCAAUCCCCGGGAGCUCCAAGCCAAAUUGGCUGAGAUCAUCAAGGACAAUCCCCUAUACUCCCAUGCUCAUUUCCUCAACUAUAUGAACUGUGUCCGUGUGCGGGAUUAUGUGGGAGCAGUAGAGAAUCUCCAUCGGGCUUUUGAUCGGAAUGCCGUGAAGAAUUUGUCACCAGUGGAAUCCAGAGGGUAUCAGUACUUAAGUCUCAAUUUGGCUAUCUUGCAUGCCCAAUUUGGUCAUAUGCGGGAAGCUCACGUGAGCUUAAAGGAGGCUAUAAUGCUGGCUCAGGAAGUCGGUGAUCGGACAUGCCUUCAGCUAGCCAAUUCUUGGCUCAGCUACUUGCUCAGCUAUCAUAAGAUUCAAGUGCCUGAUCGUAUUUCCGCCACAGCCGUUGAGGCCAAUGUGAUCAAAUCAAUUUCUCUUGGUAUCCAAUUUUUUGUGAAAUCUGUAGCCCAGAUGGGCUUUGAGCCCGCCAAACAGUUUGAGUUGCUCAUGUGGAGUGAUUAUUGCAACAUCCAACAGUCCAUGCAGGAACUCAUAGCCAACUGUGUUGUCGAGAAGGCAGCACUGUGGACUCUCUAUGGACGCAACGAUUUGGCCUCGUUGACGAGUCAGGUGCUCCUGAAUGCCAACAUGACCAAUAUGGGCAAAGCUUACAAUGGAGAAAAUCUCUGUCAUGCCAUCUGCUGCCUAGCCCUCUGGCUCAGUCUCAAUGGGGAUCACUUUCGCACCUAUGCUGUCCUCCAGUAUGCCCGCAAAUGCUUCCCAAGGGACCCCAAUGCACGCCUCUGGACACUCACAGAACUCUAUGUUGCCUCCACCAAGGCCAUCCAUAUGGGCGAAUGGCAAAAAGCCAAUAUCGCGUGCUGUCGCAUUCAUCCACUCGAUAAGAAUUUGAGCAUCCUUCAACGUGUCACGCUCAACAUUGCUCGAGGAAAUCUAUCAAUAGCCCAUGAUUUGCUUCAGGAUCUACUUGCGGACAAGGCUCUGCCAAAUCAAAAACCCCUCGUGUGGACACGUGCUAUGAUCCUUCACGCCACAGCCCUCAUUCCCUCAUCAGAAGUCAUAAACGUCCUCAUUGAGGUUCAUGAAUUUGCACGCCGAAAGCAUUUUGAUUAUGAAGUGGCCACUAUUGAUGCCCUCUUUGCCCAUCAACUUCUGGCCAUGGGAAUGCCAGCAAAAGCUCUGAAAUCUUGCCACAAAGCACUCGAUGUAAUUCUUCAGCAUGGUGGCAUCUAUGAUCGUGCUAAAAUCAUGUUUCUCUUCGCGAGAUGUGCUGUGGCUGCAGCUGAGUCAUCAAAGAGGCGUCAGGAGAUGGAAAAGUGUGAACCAUUGCUCACAGAAGCCAUUCAAUUCUUCACUAAACUUGGAGCUUAUGUGAAAGUCAAAGAUAUUUAUGCAUUUAUGGCUCAAUUUUACCACGAGAUUGGAAAUCAGGCAGAAAGGAAUCGGUGUGCAUUUAAAUUUCGCGAAAUAGAUGAACAAUAUCCCACUGGAAGCUUUGAGGUGGUUGAUGCCAUAAUUUAAACUGAUUAGCUAAUAAAAAAAAUUAGUGAACAUUA